AAACAUGGCGGAGCACACGGAGCGGUGAAUGAGCUCUAAUGUUUUGGUUCUUUUCUGACACAAAAACAAGAAAUACAGCCUCAUGAAACGACCAGUGAAGCUGCGAUAACAAUCCCCGUGUCUUCUGUGAAACAACAAAAGGCAGCACCAUGAGCAGCAGAAGGAAGCGUGCUCCUCCGGUGAGAGUGGACGAGGAGGCAAAGAAGAGGCUGGAAUGGAACAUGCUCGAGGACCGGAAGAACGAAGUUAUUUUGGAAGAAGAUCCUGACCAGGUCCCGACCUGCUCCAACUUUAUCGAACUGACUCCAAACAGCGAACCUCAAAAUGAAACUGCAACUUGUAGCACUGUUAAAACCACUGAGGAGUUACCAAGUACAUCCACAGACACUCCCCCCUCUCCUGCUGUAUCUGUCACUGUAAUACCCCUGGCUCAGCUCGGUCUCUUUUGGAAAGCUUUAAUAGGGGAGUUCACUGUUCAACCAAAAUGGCUUCCUUCAGACUUUGAGCAGAGGACUUUCUUGCUUCAAAGGAAAGAUCAGCAGUUUUGUUUAAGUUACAGAAGAAAUAAUGAUUCGGAAGAGGACUCAGGGGCUCAGAGUGAUUUAGAAGAGGACAUGCACAAAGCAGAGUGCAGUCUGAGCAGAAUUUCACUGGGAGAUUUGGACUGGCUUCUGCAGAGGAGAGUUAUCCACCUCUGUCACCAAGGAAAAGAAGACUCAUAUAAGGUGGGCAUUUACCUGUUGGAGGCUGGACUUGGGAAGCCUGAGUUUCUGAGUGAAGGAGCGACUCGUUUGAAGAAAGCAAAUCAAAUCCUGCAGAAAAUGAUGGAAUAUUUCUAUGAUUUUAUUGUUCCUGAAGUGGUUGAUAAUGAGGAGGAGGAAUGUGACACGGAGUUGGAGAGACAGAACAUAGAGGAACUGUAUGAUUUCGUUCGGCGUGUUCAUCAGAGAGAGGGGGCAGAGCUGAGCUUUGAGCCCCAGCACAAAGCUCUGGUCCCGGUGCUGCGGCCGUACCAGUGUCAGGCUGUCAACUGGAUGUUAAAGAGAGAAAAGGCCAAGAGCUCCGAACAUAAAGAACAAGGUUUGCAUCACCUUUGGCACGAGGUGGUGACUUUGUGCGGAAAGAAGUUGUUUUAUAACCCUUAUACAGGCUGCCUGAUCCGUGAGUUCCCUCUGGCCGGAGUGGAGUGGCCCGGGGGGAUCCUGGCCGAUGAGAUGGGACUCGGAAAAACAGUGGAAGUUUUGGCCCUAAUUCUGUGCAACCCUCGACCCAACCUGCAGCAGGAGGCCUACACGCUGCCAGAGGGGCAGUCAGUGAAUUACUUUGUUCCUCCUCCGCCAGAGAAGAAGAAAGCUCCUCCUCGCAAAUCAGAAGUCUCUCAGCCAAAGACAAAAAUCAAUUUUCCACCGGUGCGCUCCAUGUUGCUGAUGGCGAUGAAGCAGAUGGACAAAGGCAAAGGCGUCUCCCUGUCCUCCAUGUCCUCGUACAUGCGCAGUUGCUACGGUUACGACCCCGUGAAGAACCGGAACCACAUCAAGAGAACCAUGAAGAAACUGCUGGACGAGAAGAAGGUCAAGCAGGUCAAAGGUCGCGGCAUGAUGGGCUCCUUCAAACUCGGGUUCAACUUCACAGGAGCUCAGGAGAAACUCCUCACGCCAACUAAGAUGCUUCCUAAAACUCCAGAGUCCUCACCUCGGAAAUCAUUUCAGAGACGAGCAAAGGACAAAGCUGAGGUGGCUCUCCAAAACGCUCUGACUGAAGAUGACAACGAUCCUGAGGCGUUACCGUCCUCCUUCCCCAUGGAAACGAAGAAGGAAUAUGAGGAAAACUUAUCUGAAAACUUGGACGAUUCAAAUGACACUUUUAACAUCUCAACCUCCUCCCAAACUUCUCAGGACAGGAGCGAGUUGGAUUUGAAAGACAAAAUGGAUGAUAAACAAGAGGAAAAAGCUGAAAUUGUGCAGAAUAUUUCACAGGAGGACGCAGACUUGCCCAAACGUGAAUCUUUUUUUCCGUUUAACACCUCAGACUAUCGAUUUGAAUGCAUCUGUGGAGAGUUGGGGAUUAUAGAUUACAAACCGAGGGUGCAGUGUAUGAACUGUGACCUGUGGCAGCACGCAGACUGUGUCAACUACAAAGAGGAGAGCCUGGAGACCACGCCCUUCUUCUGCCCGCACUGUUUGGUCGCCAUGACGCCCGUGCCCACCGGUGCCACCCUGAUCAUCUCGCCCAGCUCCAUCUGCCACCAGUGGGUCGAGGAGAUCAACAAACACAUCCGCUCCUCCUCACUCAGAGUCUUGGUGUACCAGGGCGUGAAGCGUCAUGGUUUCCUUCAGCCUCAGAUGUUGGCGGAGCAGGACGUCGUCAUGACAACGUACGAUGUGCUGCGCUCAGAGCUGAACUAUGUGGACCUGCCCCAUAGCAACAGUGAGGACGGGCGCCGCUUCAGGAGCCAGAAGAGGUACAUGGCCGUGCCCAGCCCCCUGGUGGCCGUCGAGUGGUGGCGCAUCUGCCUGGACGAGGCUCAGAUGGUGGAGUGUGUCACAGCGAAGGCGGCUGAGAUGGCUCUGCGUUUGGCCUCAGUGAACCGAUGGUGCGUCAGUGGGACUCCAGUUCAGAGAGGUUUAGAAGAUCUGUACGGGCUGGUGCUGUUCCUCAGACUCGACCCGUUCUGGGUGAAGCGUUGGUGGGACCAGCUUUUGUACCGCCCCUAUCGCCGUGGUAACACGGCUCCUCUGUACAGUGUUGUCAGUCAGGUCCUGUGGAGGUCGGCCAAGAAGGACGUCAUAGACCAGAUCCAGAUCCCCGCGCAGACAGAGGAGGUGCACUGGCUCCGCUUCUCUCCGGUGGAGGGACACUUUUACCACAGACAACACGAGGUCUGCUCCCAGGAUGCACUGCUGCGACUCAGGAAGAUCUCAGACUGGACCCUGAAGCUCGGAGCUCUGGAUCGCCGCACCGUUCACACGAUUCUGGGGCCUCUGCUCAGACUGAGACAGGCCUGCUGCCACCCGCAGGCCGUCAGGGGGGAGUUCUUACCCCUGCAGAAGAGCACGAUGACGAUGGAGGAGCUGCUUAAGUCUCUGCAGAAGAAAUGCAGAUCCGAAUGCGAGGAGGCCCACAGGCAGCUGGUGUGCGCUCUCAACGGCCUGGCUGGGAUCCACAUUAUCAGAGGUGAGUUUGCAGAGGGAGCAGAGAUGUACAGAGAGGUGCUGCGCUCAUCAGAGGAGCACAAAGGGAAACUGAAAACAGACUCUCUGCAGAGACUUCAUGCCACUCACAAUCUGAUGGAGCUGCUGAACGCCAAACACCCAGGAAUCCCCCCGACUCUGAGAGACGACAAACUCAGUGAAGAGGCUGAGCAGCUCCGGCAGCACUACAUGACCAAGUACGACUCAGAAGUGGCAGACGCUUUUAACGCUCUGCAGCCCGUUCUACAAAACAUCAAAGAACUCAAACGCAAAGUGAAGCUAAACUCUCCCUGGUGGUUGGACGUGGUGCAGAAAGCCGUCCGCAGCAGCUCAGAGGAUGAACUCGUAACAAGAGUCAAAAAUGAACUAACCACAAACUACAAACAGCCCAUCAACAAGCUCUCCAUGGCCGACAAGUUCCGAGAUGCCAGCGGUCUGCAAUUCAUUCUCACCACUAAACUUCAGGAGUUGUUGAAAUCUCAGAAAACAGUCCAGGAGGCGGUGAAGAGGCUGGAGGGACCGGCCUCUCAGGAAGUGAUCGAUGAAGCUACAAUCUGCCACCUCAGACCCAACAGACUGCCCCUCAACAAUUGUGUUUUUUGUAAAGCCGAUGAACUUUUCAAUGAUUAUGAGUCCAAGCUGUUUUCUCACACGGUGAAGGGUCAGACGGCCAUCUUUGAGGAGAUGAUCGAGGAGGAGGAGGGGCUGGUGGAUGAUCGUCUGCCCACCACGAGCAGAGGUCUGUGGGCAGCGAGUGAGACGGAGCGCGCCCUCAAAGCCAUCCUCGCCUUCGCCAAGUCCAGACGCCUGGACCCAGAGCUGGUGGAGGAGGGCACCACCUUCAUGGAGCUGUUUGAGAACUGGAAGAAAGAAUACAAGGUGCUUCAUGAGUACUGGGGCGUGCUGAGGAACCAUGUGUCUGCCAUCGAUGAGCUGGGGAUGGCCACAGAGAGACUACGAGUGAGACUCCCAGACGAGCCCAAACCCAAACUACUGCACAUCAUAGAGCCUCAUGAGGUGGAGCAGAACAGAGUGAAGCUGCUGAACGAUCAGGCCAUGGCUAAAUCUCAGCUCCAGAAGAAACUGGGACAACAGCUGUACCUCAACAACCUUGAGAAGUCUCAGGACAAGUCAACAGGAGGCCUCAACCCAGAGCCGUGCCCCAUCUGUGCCCGACCACUGGGGCAAGAAUGGGCAGUUCUUACCUGUGGGCACUGCUUCUGUAAUGAGUGCAUCGCCAUCAUGGUGGAGCAGUACAGCGUCGGAGCGAGGAACAGGGCCAUCAAAUGUGCCAUCUGCAGACAGCCCACCUGCCACUCCGAGAUCUCAUACGUGUUCACCGCCCAGGACCACACCCACGACCAGGAGGUGCCCGUCAAGGGGAGUCACUCCACCAAAGUGGAGGCUGUGAUCCGAACCCUGAAGAAGAUCCAGAUCAGAGACGCAGGGGCCAAGUGUCUCGUCUUCUCCACGUGGCAGAGUGUGUUGGACAUCAUCGCUAAAGCCCUGUUCGAUAAUAACAUGGAGUUUACUCAGAUUAAUGGAACUCACAAGUUUCAGGAGAAUCUGAGCUCGUUCAAACACGACUCUCAGAUCAACAUCCUGCUGCUUCCUCUCCACACGGGCUCCAACGGUCUGAACAUCAUCGAGGCCACUCACGUGUUACUGGUGGAACCCAUCCUCAACCCGGCCAUAGAGCUGCAGGCCAUAGGCAGAGUGCACCGCAUAGGACAGACCAAGCCCACAUUUGUGCACAGAUUCUUGAUCAAAUCCACAAUAGAAGAGCGGAUGCAGACGAUGAUGAAGACGGCUGAGAAAAGCCACAGCAGCAGCACGUCCAUGAAGCACUCAGAGGCUUCUGUUCUGACGGUGGCUGAUCUGGCCGAGCUCUUCACAGACGACACUGGAGCUCUGGAGUGAAACAGACUUUUAACACGGACCGACCUCCACACAAAUAUCAACUACACAUGAUGAAGCUGCACUGUGUCACUUUUCUGCUGGAGUAUGGCAUGAAACUUCUCUGUCUCCAUGGAAACAAGCGGGCGGUGCCAACAGGUCAGAUCUGUGGAAAGGCGACACCACUCACAGUAUGAACGCAGAUUUUUCAAGAUAUUUUAAGCAAUAAAAACACUUUUAAUUGAACAUGAAAAGUGCAAAGUGAACUGAAAGUGCAAGGUUGAAGUUUAAUGUUGUACUGUGAAACAUCUCCAUGGAGACAAGCAGGUGGAGGACUCUUUAUCAGAAAAGUUACAUAGUCCCGGUUUAAAGUGACUUGAAUUCAAAGUAUGAAUAUUUUGAUCAAUUUUGACUGAUUUUGAUAUUUAUUUGUGUGUUAUUUCUUAUUUUUAUAAAGCUGUAGGGUUUGUAAAUCUAAAAAAUAAGUACAAAGUGAUCAUUUUGUUUAAAGCUUGAAAAAAUCAGCUGGAAAUACAUAAACAUACACAAAUAAAUACAAAAAUAUACUACUACAAAGUAAUAUUCGGAUAAUAUUCUGAAUUCAAGUCAUUCUAACUCGAGUAGAGAAUUCAGUUUGCAGUGUUCAGGUGAAAAUCUCUCUCCACAAACUGUAAAGCAGAACAUUCCACCUUUAGAUAUGAAAUAAAAAUAGAGGUUUUGUGUGUCAGAUGCCCUCCCACCUCGUACUGGCUCUUGUGCUGAUGAUGAGUUCAAUGAAAAUGUAAAAACCACUUGUAUGUGAUUGCUGAACAUGUUUAUUGUAAAUUUAGAUGUUUGAAAAUAUGUAAGCAUUUUUAUAUUUAAUUUUUAGUACAGUUUACAACAUUAUGGGUCUUUAGAAAUUCAAAUAAUGGAUUCUAAAAGAUCAAAUGUUGUUUUAAACCACUGUUAACCCAAGUUAAAAGUGUAAGAUCGAAACAUGAAUUCACUUUAAAAUAUUAAGAAAAAAUAUUGUAAUAAAGUUGCCAUGUGUUAAUAAAUUAAACAUGGAUUUUGUGCUCA